UCACCGGGGCCACAGCCAAAUACAUGGAGUCACUUCUGAAAACCGAACUCGAAAUAUCCGAAGAAACUCGGCUCCAGAUCCAGCGCGCUCAUAGAGCACUUGCCCGAAAACCGAGCGAAAGCUCUACUCCCAGAUCAAUCGUAGUGAAUUUCCUCCAGUUCUAAAUAAAAGAGAUGGUUUUAAAGAAGGCUUGGCAGAAAAAGAUACAUGCAGGGGGCAAACAAAUAUUUUUCGACCACGACUAUCCUACAGCCGUGGUCCAGAAGCGACGUGCAUAUUCAAGCAUUAAAAAAAUGCUGAAGGAAAAGGCAAUCUCAGAAAAAUACGGAUCCACUGGAACACAGGAGUGAAGACCUAUUAUAGAGGCUUCCUAAUGACGUCACGGGAUUUCGCGUCAGACAUCUUGGAGUACCACUCUACUGGCGGCAGCGGGAGCGUUCAAAAAUGGCGAAAAUUAAAGGCUACUACGAAUCACUAAACCCGGAGGAUAAGACCGUUUACAGAGAAAAAUUUGCGUUGAUUGGUUCGGUGGACCCUUAUUUGAUUCCCGUUAAGGAUUACAGCACCGAUAUAAAUUCAUGGCCUUCACUUUCCUACUGUGAUAUCGUGAACUACCUGUUUUGUUUGCCUAUUCCAUUGUACACCAUGGAGGAAAUGAAGGCGUACAAAGGACUCGAGGCACAUAACCAGGUCACAUCCGGGUGGAUCCGCGACGUUUGCGUUGCAUAUCAAGGAGAUGUGGCUGUAAUAGCUGGAAAAGUAUUGCAUUCUCAGAGUAUUGGGACGCCGCCAACAUGUCCGUGGGUACUGAUGAAGAAGGAUGGUGCAGUCAUCACAGCUAACUGCAACUGCAAGACUGGUUUGGGAUCAACAUGUACCCAUGUUGCAUCUCUCCUUUUCUACAUAGAAACAUCUAUACGGAUACGUGAUGCCAAGACAGUUACCCAGGAAAAGGCGUAUUGGCUUCUACCUGGAUCAGUGAAGGAUGUAACACCUUCCCCUGUUGCUGACAUUGACUUUACUUCGGCUAAAACCCGAAGGAAUCGUUUAAGCCAAGCAAUUGACAGCCUUGGUGAUGCAGCUAAUUUAACAACAACAACAACACCACUUUUACGUCACUCGAGGGAGAUUCCAAAAGCGACAGAUGCUGAGCAACAGUCUUUCCUGGCAUCACUGAAAUCUACUGGAAGGAAGUGUGCAAUAUUGACAAUCUCAGCUCCACACAAUGCCAAUUUUGUCCCAAAAGUAACAUUUCCUAAGCCGCUUUCUAGUUUAAAAAGUGAGAACUGCCUAGAAAUGGACCAUAAAGCCCUUACAGAACAUUGCCAAGGGAUCAAUGUAGCUAUCACCAAGCAGGAGGCGGAUGUCAUUGAGAAGGCCACAAAAACACAGGCCAAAUCCAAACUCUGGUAUCGAUACAGAGCUGGGCGGAUUACAGCAUCUCGUAUGAAGGCAGCAUGUUCAACAAGUGCAACUAAACCAUCGCUUAGCUUGAUUAAAGCUAUUUGUUACCCAGAAGCUACACAAUUUAAAACUGCAGCUACUGAAUAGGGAUGUAAUCACGAGAAAUCAGCACGUGAAGAUUACAUUAGAAUUAUGAAUCAACAUGACGGUUUCAUUUGCCAGGACUCUGGGCUCGUGUUAUCUCCAACAUUUCCAUAUUUAGGUGCUACUCCAGAUGGUGUUGUGUCCUGCAAGUGCUGUGGUGUAGUUGUUUUGGAAAUGAAAUGCCCCUAUUGUGUUGCUGCACUGUCAGACCAUACAUGUCUGGAAUCACGUGAUGGACAGGACAGGCUGAAGAAGACCCAUGUCUAUUUCUAUCAAGUGCAGACCCAGUUAUUUCUAUGUGAUGUUGAAUAUGCUGACUUUGUUCUGUGGGUGAAUGGAAAGAUUCAUCUUGAACGCAUAACCCCAGAUAUUGACUUUUGGGAGAAGGUAUAUCCCAAAGCUCAUUAAUUCUUUCAGAAGGUCAUUCUCCUCGAGUUGAGUGGGCAAUUCUUCACCAGAAUUUCCAGUGUAACUACACCAGUCUCCAUUACUGCACCAAAAAGGCCUCUCUGCCUGAUACCAGACCCUGCUCUAUGUGCCACUCUGACUCAGCCAACCGAUACCCAACCACUGAUACCCAAGUGGUGCCUUUGUCGUGGAGAGGAAAAGCUUCCCAUGAUAGGAUGUGAUAACACAAAUUGUGAAACUACCUGAUUUCAUUUUGAAUGUGUUGGUAUAACAGUUGCCCUCAAAGGAAGCUGGUAUUGUGACAAAUGUCAUCAGCAUGUCCCCUCUCAAAAGAAACAGAAGUAUUAAUCAAUCUGAAUGACAGUGUAUAUAUGUAUUUGAUUGAACAUGUUUCUUUUACAUCACAUCUAUAUAAAGAACAUGUAAGUGUAACAAUCAAAAAAGGUUGUGCACACUGAAAUGACACAAAAAGCAUCAUUAUUUAAACUGACACUCAAAGAGCAAAACCUCAGCUCAAAUAUCCAAAACUCUAAACACAUGUUCAGCUCUGCACCCAAUUUGCAAUUCAACUUUCCACUUUUAGAAAAGUAAAAGUAUAACAACAGUAUAUUUGUGUUUCUGCACAUAUUUUGGAGACUUGAACAAUCUUUAUUUGCAGAAUUCUCUAUAUCAAACGCCAUAAAAGAUGAGUGUGCUUGAGCACGAUGGUGUGUAGUUGGUUUUACAAAAUGUCUUGUGCUAUGAAUGAAGUGUGUGCCAUUUGGUGCAAAAGUUUGGUUUUGGUAAGUGUUUAUGGUGCAGUGCUUCAUUCUGCAGUAUAUAUCAGGUGUUUUGCACUUUGUGUGUAUGGUUUUGUGAAUUGUGUUUAGUGUUUUGUGAAAAUAAGCCCUGCUUUCAAAAAAUGUGUUAUAGCAUUGAAAAAAACUGUAAUAUGGACACAAUGUUAAUCUAUCUCUGUUAUGUGAGGUGAUCUCUGCAGCUUACAGUUAAAGGAGCAUGUACUUGUUUUUCACCCUUUUUCACUGGGUACAUUGGAAACCUGUAAUAAAUAUAAUACUUUGCCCUUUCAA